CUCCACUGGCUUGAUCAGCAACUCGUCUUCGGCAGGUAGUCCACUUAUAUCCAUAUUCACGACCGAAGCUCGCCUUGAUCCCAAGGCCUGAUGAAGUGCCUCUGUUGGCGUCACAAUGAGGUCUGAUCUUCACGAUGUCACUGACCCAUUGUUCCUUGACAGUGUCUUAUCGAAAGCUUUGCCUCCCCCUGGAUCUACAUCAAGUACUGGAUAUGAGAAUGAGCCUCACGAUGAUGAUUACGACGACGCCCACUAGACGGACUUAUGACAAAAGCCGCAUGAUACAGUCCGCAACUGUGUUCUCCAGUCAAUCUCCACGCCGAUGACUCGCCUGCAACCUCGUAUCCGGUUUCCUUGAUAGCUUUGGGCUGCACUAUUCGAUAUCAACGCGAAUAUGAGUCUGAAGCAGCUAAUUCUUCGGUAACCCGAACCUUUAUUGAUUCAGUCUCGGGCGCUCUCGUCUCGCUCAUCAGUAUCCAAGGGUUUCUCUGGGUCCGCAUCCUCUUCCAACGCUUUCUCAUCAGCCUCCCUGAAGACGAAACCUCCCCACUGCGAGGUAGCAGCCCAGCCAGCUGCAUCGACAAUAUCUUGUCUCUGCCUCUUCUGGUCCAAAGCUUCCUCUGCACUGAUACCCGGUGCAAAGCCACGGACGUUCUCGCGAUCAACACGUAGCCAUCCCUUCCAGCCUGUUGUAAUAUCACCAGCUCCAACGCCACCCACAACGAUGGUCCCCCACCAUUCGCGACCGGCACUCGUCUUUGCGACACUUCCAUAGAGAAGCAUGCCUUCUGCCUCGGCUACAAGAGCACGAGUAUUGUCUGGGUCACUUCGUGCUGAGCGGUGGACGUAGACGUGUUGCAAAUGAGAUGGCGAACAAGUCAGGCGCGUGGUAUCAAAACGACCUUCAAUAUCGAUGACCAGAAUGGCGUAGAGGUGCGGAGGGGUGAUGAGGUUUGAUAUGAGCCUGUAUAGUAGUGGCAGAUGACGGCCAGAUAUGCCAAGACCAGCAGAUUUUGUGGCAUGGAAGUGAGCUGCUGUGAUCUCAUCAAGUUCUGAUAUGUGUGUAAGUUUGGUUGGCAGGAUUUGAGGUUGAUGCUGGACCUGAUCCCGACCGCUCAAGCGAUUGGGAUCUGGAGGGAGUGAAGAGCGUAAGUUUCGAAGGACCUGUAUUGAUAUUUUAGUAAGUCUCUAAAUUCAAUAAGUAGCAGUCUGAGUGUCGCUCGAAAAUGUAAGCCCUUAUAGUUGGCCUGGAUCAAAAGUGAUGUUGACUUCACUCUUUCGGUGGCUCAAGGGUAAGCCACACCAGUUCGUAAGGUCUUUGAUACGUGAUAUGUAAAGGUAUUUCGAGGGUUUCGCCGUGAUUAAACGAAAGCGAAACAAAGUCAAAAGAAGCCAUAGCAGUGUGAUGGACUUCUCGUGACGAUAUCACAACAUAUCUAAUCGUGGUGUGCUGAAUGCUUGUCCAAUAGGCAAAAAGCUUAGGCCCAAAAUCUCGAGUUCAACUUACGUCUUCAAGGCUCAUCUCAACAACCUCACCUAAUAACCGACUCCCCGUUGCUGUCUCCAUUCUGAGACCCCGAAAGAUAGUGACUUGCCAGGGGCCUUUUAUUUGGAUGCUGAUCGUUCAGUACGAUCUUCACUGUUCUUGACAAUGGGCUAUCCGUGCCAAGUCUUCCACGCUUCAGAGCUUCCCGAGCGCGCGCAGACUAAUCUAAGCGGCCGAAAGCGCAAAUUGGAUAAAGGGGUCAAUAAUGUCGAGCUCUCUGGAUGCGAACUUCUCGAGAUGCUGCAGUACAAGUGCGAAAUCAAAGAGCCCGUCAAGCCGGAUAGUCCUGUACAAUGCUUUGCGAUUGAGCGAUUGUUCCGGAAAUGUAAAGAUAAAAAGGGCUCUUUUAUGGUCGAGACGACGGCUUGGGAGGGCAAAGAGUAUCCUCCGGUGGGACAGAAAAGUGAUGAUGGAAAACACAGCAAAGACAGGACGCCUCCUCAGCACUAUCACUGGUCAUCAAGUUGGCACGCGCCCGACGCAGCACGAUAAACCAUCGAUUUUAGAUCAACCCAGGGCAACUUGCUAUUGUCUCUGAAUAUCACAUAUAGCAUGCUUACUUCUCAAGGGAGACUUUGACUCUCUUGUGAAACUCAACCGUCAUUGUUAGCCCUAACAGUCUUCAGUCAAGCUGGGCAUGCAUCCCGUCGUGCGUACGACCGACCCAGGUAAAGAAUAAGGAAAAAUGCAGCUUCAAAUAAUGCUUGGUUCUGCGAUAGUUGACGUGAGGUUGAACAUUAGAGCGCUGAGUCACCUGCAGGUCUGCAAGAAGUUGAUGACGGCAUUGCCAGAAUGGGCCGAGGUGCUCAGCAAGCAACAUCUUUAUCGAACCAUUAGUUUACACAAUCAGUACAAACUGGUACUACUUGCUAGAUUUCAGA